AUGGCCAACCCAUACUUCGAGAUUGAAUACGUCACAGUUGGCGGCAAGGUCGAAAACUGGGGCCGCAUUGAAUUCAAGCUCUACGAUGACAUCGUCCCCAAAACCGCAGCCAACUUCCGUGCCCUCGCUACAGGUGAAAAGGGCUUCGGCUACGCAGGUUCUGCUUUCCACCGCGUGAUUGCCGGCUUCAUGGCGCAGGGCGGAGACUUUACCCGUGGAAACGGCACCGGCGGCAAGUCCAUCUACGGCGAGAAGUUCGCAGACGAGAACUUCCAGGUACAGCACACUAAGGGUGGCUUGUUGUCCAUGGCGAACUCUGGCCCAAAUACCAAUGGGUCUCAAUUCUUCAUCACUUUUGUGAGAACCCCCCAUUUGGAUGGCAAGCACGUUGUUUUCGGCGAGGUUGUUGCUGGCCAGGAUAUCAUUCAGAAAAUGGAGAGCAAGAGCUUGGAUAGGACUGGGAAGACUGACGGAACCAUCAAGAUUGCUUCUUCUGGGACUGUCUAG